AUGAUUGAGGUGGUUUACAACGACCGUCUGGGGAAGAAGGCCCAUGUGAAGUGCAACACGGAUGACCCCACUGGGGACCUGAAGAAGCUGACCAUUGUCCGGAUAGAAACCCACUGGGACAAGAUCAUCCUGAAGCAGUGGUACAGAACCUUCAAGGACCACGUGUCCCUGGGGGACUAUGAAAUCCACAAUGGCAUGAACCCAGAACUCUUCUGUCAGUAG